CCCAAUGGGCCUUUUGUCUUAGCAACAAUAGCGCUAAGAUGGCGCCAAAUCUGACGUGGCCUAAGAGACACGUCAUCAUAAUUCCCGCGCGAAAACCUAACUAUAUAUUCUCUUCAUUCAUUUCGUUUUCAAUUUCUGCCUCUCAUUAAUGGAGUUCACCGGAUCUUCACCGUCCGAUCGGAAAUCAUUGCCGGCAAUUCCAAUUCCCGGUGAAAAAUCUGCCGGAGUUGUAGCAACUCCGGUGAUGGAUCAAUGGAGCACCAAAACACCGGAGAAACCGAUCCCAAAUCGCAUGGCGCGGUCACUACUCUCCUUAAAAGACGUCAGAGAAGCAGCUCAGAAGCUCCGGAAACCCGAUCCGAUUCAACGCGAGGUUUCUGACCCGUUAAUAAGCUACGGUGAAGUGAAAUCUCCUUUGGUAGCUGAAUCGCCGGUUUCUGAACGGAAGAAACAUGUAAAUUCGGUAAAGCUGCCGGAAAAGUAUGAAUUGUUGGAAAAGUACUUCAAUAGCAUGGAUAGUUCAAUUCGGCUGCUGCAUUUGAAGGGAUCUGCAACAACUUUCACUAAUAUUAGUGCGAAAGUAGAGAGUUUGAUCGAUAAGAGGUUUACUUGCAGCCAUUUAGCUCAGCUGAAGUUUAUUUUACCUGAAGCCAUUGAGAUAAAGAAGAUCCUCAAGCACGAUGAGCGCAGUUGUUGCAUGAAGCCGGAUCUUUAUAUCACUUUAAAUGCAAAUGCAGUUGAUAAUAGUGAGAAGUGGAAAUCUAACAGUAGCAGUGUUCUAUUGAGGAAAAUAUUCCGCGCUCGUCUCUUGAAUUUCUUCAGGUCACACCCUGAGGGUGAUGACAUUCCUGAGGGAAUGCUGCCAGGCCCAUUCACUCAGUCUAAGCAAGAAGCGACUAACUCAUCUAGACCUUCUAGCUCAUCCUUAACCAGUGAGACACCUAAUGGUGUGUUUCCUCUGCAGUCAAUAGCUGCAUCACACCUGUCUGUAUCUUUCAAGAGGUGCUUUUCAAAUCGAGCAUCUAUUACUGGAGGAACGGAUGUCAAGGAAAGAGAUAGAGUUGGGCUUGUCCCUGUUUCUCCAGCUUCAAUACCCCUUAAUGUCGCAAGUUCCACUAAGAAGAAAACAGUAGCAUUUUCUGAUGCUCCUAAGUUAUCUCUAAAACAAACUAGUAGCAUGAAAUGCUCAGCUGGAGGGAUUGUUUUGGCUAGUUCACCAUGUCAUCCACCUGCUCUUCCUAUGAUUGAAGCCAAAAAAGGAGAAGAUGCUUCUAUGUCUGCUCCAGCAACCCCUAUGCUCGAACCUCCUAAUAGAUGUUACAUGAGCCCAGAUGAUCCAGCUGAACCACCAAUAAAACUAGCUAGACGCCCGUCAACUAGAAGGUCAUUGCUCUUUGGUACUCCUGUGAAGAGUGCAAAUACUGCUGAUAAAGUCUGCGAGAAUGGAAGGUUUUCAACUGAUGAUGAUAUUCUUGACAUUCUUCCUGAGAAUCUUCUGCAAUCGAUAGGAGAAAAGGAGAGUGAAGCACUAGAGGAGCAAAAUCCAGCCAUAUCCCAGGCAAAAAGGCGCAAACAGAUGAUUGCUUGUUUGCCUCACCUCUUUGACAUGAUCUAUUUCCUGUUUCAAUCUAUUAAACGUUCUGUCAUGACGAAAGAGGAGCUCAUGCACAGAGUAAUUUCAAGCCAUUUAGAGAUAACGGAUAAAAGUGAAGUUGAACAGCAACUCCUAUUACUGCAAGAAUUGGCUCCCGAAUGGAUUUAUGAGAAACCAGCAUCUAAUGGAACUCUUCUCUUACUUGUUAACAAGAUAUCAAAUCCUGACACAAUUCGUUCAAGACUAGCAGAAGCCAAUUGAGAGAAACAAGAAACUAGUGAUUUGUACUUUAUUUUACCAAAUAUUAGUGUAAGGAAUAACAAUUUAGUAAAAGUUGUAAAUAAUAGUGUUUUGUUUAAUUAAUACAGUACCACUUAUGUUGCAUCA